GGAGGGGGCGGGGCGGAGGCAGGGGCGUCCCCCUCGCGCUUAGGCUUGCGUCCCGUACUUCGGUGCUGCGCGAAGUAACCGAGGAUGUGACUUCCUUGGCUGGCGGUGGCCCGCGGACGAUGCUCGCCCUCCUGAGCGCGACGACCCUGGUGUUGGUUGCCGGGGUGCCGUGGAUGCUGCCGGCAGCCGCAGGAGGAACAAAUCUAAAAUCUCCUCAAAAUGUUGACGUCUACAUCAUUGAUGAUACCUUUAUCCUGAGGUGGAACAGGAGCCGUCCCUCUGUCAGGAAUGUGACUUUUUCAGCAGACUAUCAAAUACUUGAAAAUGGCGCUUGGCUCCAAUUGCCUGGCUGUCAGUCUGUGGCCAGUACCGAAUGCAACUUUUCUUCAGUCAAGCUCAAUGUUUAUGAAGAAAUUAAACUGCGAAUAAGAGCAGAGGAGGGCAACAACACUUCUCCGUGGCGUUAUGUUGACUCAUUCACACUGUUUGAAAAAGCUCAAAUCGGUCCCCCAAAAGUACACUUAGAAGCCGAAGAUAAGGCAAUAAUCGUCAACAUCUCCCCGCCUGGAACGAAAGAUGGUGGCAUGUGGGCUUCCGAUAGCUCAGGCUUCAUCUACAGCUUAGACAUCUGGAAGAACUCUUCAAGUGGAGAAAGAAAGACUAAAACUGUUUACUCCAGAGACAAAAUUUAUGAACUCUCACCAGAGACCACCUACUGUUUAAAAGUUAGAGCAAGACUUUUGCCAAGAAAAACUGGUGCCUAUAGUCCCGUGUAUUGUAUAAAGACCGCAGUUGAAAAUAAACUGCCUCCACCAGAAAAUAUUCAAGUUGAAGCUAAAAAUCAAACCUAUAUUCUUAAAUGGGAUUACGCGCAGGAAAAUGUGACUUUUUACGCUCAGUGGCUCCACGCCUAUUUAAAAAAGAUUCCUGGGGACAAUUCAGGUAAAUGGAAGCAAAUACCAAACUGCAAAAAUGUCCGAACUACGCAGUGUGUCUUUCCCAAAAAUACUUUCCAUAAAGGAAUUUACCUUAUCCGUGUUCGAGCAUCGGAUGGAAAUACCACAUCGGUUUGGUCUCACGAAGAAAAAUUUGAUACUCAAUUACAAAUUACCCUGUUUCCUCCGGUCAUUACCAUGAAACCCACUAACAAUGCUUCCCUGCGGGUCUAUAUCAGCGCUCCGGGAGAGUCAGAAAAUAAGCCUGUGAACCAUCUUUACCCACUAAUUUAUGAAAUUGUAUUUUGGGAAAACACUUCAAAUGCUGAGAGAAAAAUUUUAGAGAAAAGAACUGAUUUUACUUUUCCUCAAUUGAAACCGCUGACUGUAUAUUGUGUCAAAGUCCGAGCACUCAUUCAGGAUGAAAGGUGGAAUAAAAGCAGUGUUUUUAGUGAUAUUUUGUGCGAGAAAACAAAACCAGGAAAUACUUCCAAAACCUGGCUCAUAGCUGGAGUUUGUGCUGCACUAUUUUCCAUCCCAGUUGUCAUCUAUGUCAUGAAACUUCUCUUUCGAUGUAUCAGUUAUGUGUUCUUUCCAUCAAGUAAACCUCCAUCCACUAUAGAUGAGUAUUUCUCUGAGCAACCGCUCCGGAAUCUCCUCCUUUUCACUUCCGAAGAACUGACAGAAAGAUGUUUUAUAAUUGAAAACACGAACACUAUCACGGCAGUAGAAGAGACUAACCAAACCGAUGGAGAGCACAAAAAAUACAGUUCCCAAACCAGUCAGGACUCGGGGAACUAUUCUAAUGAAGAUGAAAGCACUGGAAGCAAAUUCAGUGAAGAGUUCCUGCAUCAGGAAACCGAGUGACCAGAAGCAAGGUCUAGAAUGCUUGGGAGUUCUGGGGGAGCCGUGCGCAAAGCCUGGGCUCCUGCUCCCCUCAGUAACUGUGCAGUGGGUACCUGCUCAUUCGAGAAGAAGGACAUCUUUAGGUCACAGGCCAGAAACUACAGGCCAGCACUUACCUCUUGGACAGAAGUUUUCUCUAUUCCUUCCCAUGGGUAGAGCCUUGGAAGACCUGCCGCUGGGUGUAUCUGACGAAAUGAGUGAAAUCCAGAAAACGUUCUCAAGUGGCAUCUCAAGUUCCGUUGCGCUAACGGCUUGUGGCAAAGCACACACGGUCACUGUGUCCCUGUCGGUGACACUGUCACCAUGUGCCUGUGGCUGCCCGUGUCGCCCACUCAUCCUCUGUUCUGUGUUACACACCGUUCAGGAUUUUUCCGGAAGUAUUUUAGAUACUUUUGACACUGAAGCCUAGGCCCUCGGGAAAUUUCUUUCGCAAAGCUAGAUAUCAUAACCACUGGCAUUCUGUAAAAUAGAAAACAUCUGGAAAAUAUCUGCAGGUGCCGGAAAUGUGACCCGUACAAUUUUCAGGGGAACCCUGUCCAUGUGUCCCCAAAACCUUGGCUCCUACAUCACAGUCACCUCUCCCUUCUGUGGUUUAGGAUUCACACCAGGUCAUCCUUUCCUGAACACUAAUCCUUCCCGGCUCACAACCUAAUUCCCAACCUAGUGGAACAGUAGCAGCUUCUGAUGUGAAUCUGCAGUCAAUGAAGUGACAGAGAAAGGGACAACUAUCUAAUUAGAGAAGCUGUUAGGAUAUUUUAAGGUAAGGAAGUAUGUAGAAGUUGGUCACAGUGUCUGCAGGAAGCCUUGGGACCAGAAAAUGCUCCUGACAGAACAGAGUAAGAAGCAGAAUCAUUGAGUAGGAGGAAAGCAGGUGACAUUCGUGAAAAAUA